GGCAACCGCAUGCCUUGACAUAAAGAGUACCCGGACUUCCAACCUCCUCCAUUAAGGAGACUGGGAAGAAGAGGCUUUUGGUAACAUGGGCCAAAGGAAACACUCCAUGGAUCAAGACUCGAGUCUCUGCUUCCAAUCUCCUCCCUUCUUCGAAUGGCUCAAAGCACCUUCCUCCUCUUCCUUAGCCUCACCACUAGCACCGGAGUGCUUGCCUCUUUUGAGUAGGUUUGAAGAACCUGAGAAGACCAUUGAGGAAGAAGAGGUCAUUAUUGCGAAGGAUAUCAGCCAAGAAAAGAUCACUGUGGCCUUGAACAUUGGACUGCCAGGUGCUUCAGAAGAACUUGAUGGGGGGAUGGAGCCGUUGAACUGUAAGAAAGAAGAAGAAGAGGAGAUGGAGAGCUCACAGGAUUUGGAUUCCGGCAAUGGAAAAAAGUUUUGGAUCCCAACGCCAGCGCAGAUCCUUAUAGGGCCAGUGCAGUUCUCUUGCACUGUGUGCAAUAAGAGCUUCAGUCGGUACAACAACAUGCAGAUGCAUAUGUGGGGGCAUGGAUCAGAGUAUAGAAAGGGACCAGAUUCUCUUAAAGGCACACAACCAAUAGCAAUGCUCAAACUCCCUUGUUAUUGCUGUGCUCAUGGGUGCAAAAAUAACAUCAAUCAUCCUCGAGCGAAGCCAUUGAAGGACUUCAGAACCCUUCAGACUCACUACAAGAGGAAGCAUGGAUUGAAGACCUUCAAAUGUAGGAAGUGCAGCAAGCCGUUUGCUGUUAGAGGAGAUUGGAGGACCCAUGAGAAGAAUUGUGGGAAGCUGUGGUUUUGUACCUGUGGAUCUGAUUUCAAACACAAAAGAUCGCUAAAUGAUCACAUAAGAUCAUUUGGAAAGGGUCAUUCUCAUUACCUUCCCCCAAAGUUUCCUGAGGUCGAGAAGGAAUGCAUCAUAAGGUUCGACGAUGAAGUGUUCACAGGAAAACAUCGUUCCAUUGCAUUAAACUAACACGAAAGUUCGAAGAUAUUAGGCUUAUCUGGUGCUCGGUAACAAAAAACUUCUGGGAUGUCUUUCCAUUAGAAGACACACGGAGUAGUUUGUUGCUGAGCACUAGAAUAGCGAUGAGUACUAGUAUAUUUACAAGUGGCUUGGUUAGUUUAUGCCUCAAAUAAAAGAGAGAGUACUUCUGGGAAGACUGUGAAGUAGCUGAAUUUUCUUCUGUCUCAAGGUUAUAGAGUGUCAUAAAAAUCCAUCUUGGUAGCUAGAGAACUCAGCUGUAAUCUAUGUAUUGGAGAAAAUUUCCCAACUUCACAGACUAUUUGAGUAAUUACAAUGACAAACUUUUUUCAUCAUGCUGAA